AUGGACAACGCUAUGUGUUUCAGAUCUGAAGAGUUUAUUGAUUUCUGCAAGUCAUAUGGUAUAAGAAUAUUUUAUGCAUCGUCGUAUCACCCACAAGGUAGUGGACAAGCUAAAGCUAGCAACAAGGGUAUCAUGAAGAUUAUUAGAAGGACUCUUGAGAAGAAUAAGAAGGCAUGGGCCUCAAAUUUUAAAAUGGUAGUAUGGGCUAACAAAAUAACAAUCAAGAAGGCUAUUGGUAAAUCACCUUUUGAGCUGGUGGUGUAUGGGACCCAAGUGAGAUUGCCAGUGAAUAAUUUGUUGCUUGUAUACAGAUUCAUCCCUGAAAAUGGUAUGGACAUGUCAGAGCCAAGGAAUGAAAGGAUUGAUCAAAUUAUUGAAUUGGAUGAGGUUAGAGAUGAAGCCCAUAGGAAGAACUUGAAGUUGCAGCACAAAAGAAAAUAUUUGUUUGACAAGAAAGCAUCAAACAUGAAGUUUGAUUGA